GUGUGGACCGACCAACUCUCUACUAUACUCACGUACGAAGAUCGACGUAUCAUCGAUGACGAGCGGGUGAGCGUAGAGCGACCGUUCAUGAAGGACUGGAACCUGCACAUCCGUGACGUCAAGAUCAAAGACCAGGGUCUCUACAGCUGCCAGAUCAACACACAUCCGGUCAAGAUUAAAACCGUUUAUUUAACGGUGCAAGUUCCGGCCAAAAUUUUAAACAACUCAUCCACGGACGCCGUGGUGGCCCGUGAGGGGACCACGGUCACGCUGACCUGCAACGUGGACGGCCUGCCCAUCCCCAACGUCACGUGGUACCGCAUCACGACCACCAGCAAGGGCGAAACGAAAAAGAGUGAGUUCUGCCCUGGCUCAAAUACUGUCGGGAUGAGGGGGGAGGUGCUGAUUAUCCACAACGUCAGCCGCCAUUGUGGGGACACCUACGAGUGCUGGGCCUUCAACGGCGUCCCUCCAGCCAUCAGCAAGUACAUCAAAGUCAGCGUGGAGUUUCCACCAGAGAUCACGAUGCCCAAUGUUGCUAUCGGCCAAGACCUGGGCAAGGAAACCAUUCUAGAGUGCAGCAUCACCGCCAACCCGCAACCCGUCGUCACCUGGAAGAAAAAUGGCGUCGAUAUCAAAACAACGGUCAGGGCCGGCAGAUACAGGGUCGAGCCCUACCCUGAGACCGAAUUCACCAUGUCUCUGGGGCUGAAGAUCCAGGUCAUCGAGCCGGCAGAUUUCGGUAUAUACACGUGUGUGGCGACCAAUAAGGUUGGCGCAGACAGCAAGGAAAUGCUUCUUUAUGAUUACACCCUGCGCAGAAUGCAAACGAAGGGCCAACAGGCCACUAAAACCACGAUCAGCACCACCCUAUUGCCCCCCUACCCGGGCACCUACCACCCCAAGGUCAGCCAGAAGGCACCCCACUACGAGGGCUACGAGCAGGAGCAGGAGGACCGUCGGAUCACCAAGGUCGUCAAGGACAAUCAGCAGUCUGGCACUCACAAGCCGAUUGGUUUAGGUGUGCCCUCGACAGAAAACAAGGGAACUGCCCUGAUUGGCUGGCUGAGCACGUGUCUUCUCUGUGUUCUCGUCAACCUCUCGUUGGUCCGUGAUGUCCUCUUCUUGAAUGGCCGGGAUUACACAUUGUGAUAGCGAGCUUUGUUUGUGAAUGUGUCAAAACCACAUGUAAACCACAUCAACGUAGGAAAUUACUCGGCUUCGUAUUUUGGUUUAGGUUAUCACGUGUAUUUUAGGUAGAGUGGACAGCGAGUUAAGCGCAUAAAGUUUGGAUAAUGUUCAUAACUCACAACACGCCAUAACCCCUGGGUUAUUUUUGCAAUUUACCACACGUCAUUAUCUGGGGUAUGUUCGCAGUUUACCACACGUCAUUAUCUGUGUUAUGUUCGGAGACUUACGAAUUGUACAAAGACCUUUGAGUCUAGUUCCAGGUACCAAUACAUUGGCAUGUGUUGUCUAGGAAUACUGGCAUUUCGCAGAAGAGAAGUCUUGGAAAACUUGACUGAAUUCACAGAAAAAACAAAGUAUUACAUGGUAUCCUGUCAAGCUCGUAUUUUGCUAUUUUUCAACUCUAUUUUUUAAAACAACAGCACAUAAGACGAUUGAACAACGUGGAUGUGAUUUCAAUACAUUAAUGGCUUUCAAGCACAAUAUAACAAUAGGAGGUGUGUUGUUGUUCUAACUAUAACGACGUCAACACACUCUCAUUAUUGUUUUACCUAUGAUGUCGUCAAGAGAAUCAAUUAAUGAAUGUGUUACAUACAAUUGCGUCAAAAGAAAUCUUUUAUGAAUAUUCCACUAAGGAUGACAUACACAGUUGCAACCGCUGAUCGUUUUAACCGUGAUGAUGACAUAAAAUACGUAACAUCAACCUGAAGAGAAAUGUCUAUCCUGUUCUAAACUAACUCAGCUCACUCAUUAUGUGAUUCUUCAAUGUGUUAAUCCGUGUGCUCAAGGCCAUACACAUAAUCAACAGGAUGUGGACAUCAAUCCCUGUGUUUCUAUGUGUUACACUCUAGACAAUGAGUGUGUGUACAGAUAAAGGCAUAUGUGUUUUUGGAUUAUACACUAUUUUAAUCUUGCGAUCCUUGACUAACAUGUGCAUAGCAUGUGUGAUUAUAUAUUUUGCUGUGUAUGUAACGUUUUCAUAUUUAAAAUAUAAUGUAUAUGCAAACAUAUUCACUAUGUAAACAUAUAUAUAUAUGUAUAUAUAUAUAUAUAUAUAUAUAUAUAUA